AAGCAGGUGGAGCUGGAGCUGCAGCAGAUUGAGCAGAAAUCAAUCCGGGACUAUAUCCAAGAGAGUGAAAACAUAGCAUCUCUGCACAAUCAGAUCACAGCCUGUGAUGCCGUCCUGGAGCUCAUGGAGCAGAUGCUGGGAGCUUUUCAGAGCGACCUCAGCUCCAUCAGCUCUGAGAUCCGGACCCUUCAGGAACAGUCAGGGGCCAUGAACAUCCGACUUCGUAACCGACAGGCAGUUUGGGGAAAACUUGGGGAACUCGUCGAUGGGCUACUGGUGCCCUCUGCUCUGGUCACGUGAGUCACUGGUUUGAAGGGUCAUAAUGUCCAGAGAAGGUUCCUGGAGCAGCUACAGGAGCUGGAUGCCAAGGCAGCUGCGGUCAGAGAGCAGGAGGCGAGAGGCACCGCUGACUGUGCAGAUGUCAGAGGCGUGCUCGACCGGCUCCGGGUCAAGGCAGUGACGAAGAUCCGUGAGUUCAUUCUCCAGAAGAUUUACUCCUUCAGAAAGCCGAUGACCAACUAUCAGAUCCCCCAGACAGCCCUGCUGAAGUACAGGUUUUUCUAUCAGUUCCUGCUGGGCAAUGAGCGUGCUACAGCCAAGGAGAUCAGGGACGAGUAUGUAGAGACACUGAGCAAGAUCUACCUAUCCUACUUCCGCUCCUAUGUGGGGCGGCUCAUGAAAGUGCAGUAUCCAUUUGAAGCCCUCUUCCGCAGCCAGCACUAUGCCCUCCUCGACAAUUCUUGCCGUGAAUAUCUUUUCAUCUGUGAAUUUUUCGUCGUCUCUGGCCCAGCUGCACAUGACCUGUUCCACGCUGUCAUGGGCCGCACACUCUCUAUGACACUGAAACACCUGGAGUCCUACCUGGCUGACUGCUACGACGCCAUUGCUGUUUUUCUCUGUAUCCACAUUGUUCUCCGGUUCUGCAACAUUGCAGCAAAGAGGGACGUCCCUGCCCUGGACAGGUACUGGGAGCAAGUGCUUGUCUUGCUGUGGUCUUGGUUUGAGCUGAUCCUGGAGAUGAAUGUCCAGAGUGUCCGCAGCACUGACCCCCAGUGCCUUGGGGGACUGGACACUCGGCCCCACUAUAUCACAGGCUGCUAUGCUGAGUUCUCCUCUGCGCUUGUCAGCAUCAACCAGACCAUCCCCAAUGAAUGCACACUACAGCUGCUGGGACAGCUACAGGUGGAGGUGGAGAAUUUUGUCCUCCGAGUGGCUGCAGAGUUCUCUUCCAGGAAGGAGCAGCUUGUGUUUCUCAUCAACAACUAUGACAUGAUGCUGGGCGUGCUGAUGGAGCGGGCUGCAGACGACAGCAAAGAGGUGGAGAGUUUCCAGCAGCUGCUCAAUGCUCGGACACAGGAAUUCAUUGAAGAGUUGCUGUCUCCCCCCUUUGGGGGUCUGGUGGCGUUCGUGAAGGAGGCUGAAGCCUUGAUUGAGCGUGGGCAGGCUGAGCGGCUCCGAGGGGAGGAAGCCCGAGUCACUCAGCUGAUCCGUGGCUUUGGUAGUUCCUGGAAGGCGUCAGUGGAGUCCCUGAGUCAGGACGUAAUGUGCAGUUUUACCAACUUUCGAAAUGGAACCAGCAUCAUCCAGGGGGCGCUGACCCAGCUGAUCCAGCUGUACCACCGCUUCCACCGGGUGCUGUCCCAGCCCCAGGUCCGCGCGCUCCCUGCCAGGGCCGAGCUCAUCAAUAUCCAUCACCUCAUGGUGGAGCUGAAGAAACACAAGCCGAACUUCUGA